ACGGUAUAAAAGGCGGAAACGCACGAAAAGAGCCGAGAAGAGGCCAACAUGUCACUUAAGGUGCUCGUCAUCCUGUCCCUGAUCGCCGCGGCGGCGUGCAGCCCCACUUUGUUGCCAGUGGGGGGCUCCUGAAGGGGGCCUCGGCUUGGGGGACACGGCGGGGGCAGUGUUCGGGGCAAUGGUAACACCGGAGUCAGCGUAGGGAUCGGGGGCGGACUCCACGGCAUCUUAAAUGGCGUGUUCGGCGUAAUUAAAGGCGUCGCCAACAAGGCUAUCGGCGCUGUUGAGGCCGUUGCUAAUGCUGUGAUCGGCAGCCUUGUCGAUGUCUUCAGUGUUUUGCUCAACAUGUGCCUGGUGCUGCAAGUGACCCUCAACAACCUGGUGGCCGGUCUCGGCUCCCUCUUCAUCAGGCUCGUCGCUGUCAUCCUCAAGAUCGCCAUCUGCGUCCUUGGACUCCCAGGUGACCGCGGCGUGUGCGCUCGAGGAUGGAACGCCAAGGUCGGCGUCAGCGGAGAACUGUCCGCCGGUGCGUCCGCGCAGGCGUACAUCAACCACUUCGGCGUCGGCGAUGCGCAGGCGCAGCUCAACGCGUACAUCAACACCCUGUCUGGAGGAAAAGGACUUCAGUCCCUGUCCAACAGAGGCUCCAUCUACAUCGUCCUCAACCAAGUCAACUCUCUUUGUGGUUUCGUCGCUAACUACAAGCAAAUCUCCAAACAGACCGUGUCCGAGACUUUUAUCAUCAUGACCACUGUCUCCGCUUCUAUCAGUAACUCUCGUCAGAGAAACACUGGUAUCGAAAUCAUCAAUAACCUCGUCCCCAAGUGCGGCAAAUACCUCAAAGGAGCCGGAUAUCCAGAUAUCACCGGAAAAAUGACUAUCAUCCAACAAACUUGCAACAGUGCCAACGGAGACAACGUUAACUGGGACGGAAACAACAAUAACAAUGGAAACAACAAUGGCGGCAACACCGGAGGCAACACCGGAGGCAACACCGGAGGCAACACCGGAGGCAACACCGGAGGCAACACCGGAGGCAACACCGGAGGCAACAACGGAGGAAACACUGGCGUUUCAGUGGGCGUCAAUCUCGGUCUUGGAGGAAUCCUCAACGGAGUGUUCAAGGUUAUCAAUGGCGUCGCCAAAACCGCUCUCACUGCUCUGGAUGCCGUCGUCAGCAUUGUAAUUCGUACCUUGAAGGAUGUCUUCGAUGUCGUUGGAAACUUGAUCCUGGUCCUCCAGGUGACCCUCAACAACUUGGUGUCUGGUCUCGGCUCCCUCUUCGUCCGUCUGGUCGCCUGCAUCAUUAAGAUCGCCGUCUGCGUCCUUGGACUCCCAGGAGACCGCGGAGUGUGUGCCAGAGGCUGGAACGCUCGCUACGGCGUCAACGGAGAACUCUCCACCGGCGCCACCGCAGAAGCCUACAUCAAACUCUUCAGACUCCUCGACGCUAAGGCCGAGCUCGACGGAUACAUCAGAAUCAUUUCUGGAGGCAAAGGAAUUCAGUCUCUAUCUAAGAAGGGCUCCAUCUACAUCGUCCUCAACCAAGUCAAUACUCUUUGCGGUUACAUCACCAACUACAAGCAGAUAUCCAAAGAGACCGUGACCAAAACUUUCCUUAUCAUGACCACCGUAUCUGCUUCCAUCAGUAACUCUCGCAAGUCUAACUCUGGAACCGAAGUUAUCGAAAAUCUUGUCAACAAGUGCGGCCCAUACUUCACGAAAAAUGGAUACCCAGACAUCACCGUCCAAGUGACCGUUAUCAAAAAAACAUGCAAUGGAGCCAAUAACGAUAAUGUAGACUGGAAUGGCAAUGGUAACAACGGAGGUAGCACUGGAGGCAACACAGGAGGCAAUACCGGAGGCAACAACGGAGAUAAUAAGGGUGACAACAACGGAGGAAAUACCGAAGACAACAAGGGUGAUAACAAGGGAGACAACAACGGUGGUAACACCGGAGACAACAAGGGAGACAACAACGGUGGUAACACCGGAGACAACAAGGGAGACAACAACGGUGAUAAUACCGGAGACAACAAGGGUGAUAACAACGGUGAAAACACCGGAGACAACAACAGUGGAAACACCGGAGACAACAAGGGAGACAACAACGGUGGAAACACCGGAGAUAACAACGGUGGUAACACCGGGGACAACAAGGGAGACAACAACAGUGGUAACACCGGAGACAACAAGGGAGACAACAACGGUGGUAACACCGAUGACAACAAGGGAGACAACAACAGUGGUAACAACGGAGACAACAAGGGAGAUAACAACGGUGGUAACACCGGUGACAACAAGGGAGACAACAACGGUGGUAACACCGGAGACAACAAGGGAGACAACAACGGCGGUAACACCGGGUAUGACAAGGGAGAUAACAACGGUGGUAACACCGGAGAUAACAAGGGAGACAACAACGGUGGUAACAACGGAGACAACAAGGGAGAUAACAACGGUGGUAACACCGGCGACAACAAGGGAGACAACAAUGGUGGUAACACCGAAGACAACAAGGGAGACAACAACGGCGGUAACACCGGGGACAACAAGGGAGAUAACAACGGUGGAAAUUCCGGAGACAAUAAAGGAGACAACAAGGGAGAUAAUAAUGGAGGCAACACUGGAGGCAACACUGGUGUUUCUGUGGGUGUUAAGCUUGAUCUUGGAGGAAUCCUCAACGGAGUCUUCAAAGUCAUUAAUGGCGUCGCCAAAACCGCUCUCACUGCGCUGGAGGCUGUCGUCAGCAUUGUUAUCCGUACCCUGAAGGAUGUCUUCGACGUCGUUGGCAACUUGAUCCUGGUGCUCCAAGUGACCCUCAACAACUUGGUGUCUGGUCUCGGCUCCCUCUUCGUUCGUCUGGUCGCUUGCAUCGUCAAGAUUGCAGUCUGCGUUCUUGGACUCCCAGGAGACCGUGGCGUAUGCGCUAAAGGCUGGAAUGCCCGUUUCGGUGUGAAAGGAGAACUUACCACUGGCGCCACCACGGAUGCUUAUAUCAAACUCUUCGGACUAAUCAACGCUCAAGCUGAGCUCGAUGGAUACAUCAAGAUCAUUUCUGGAGGAAAGGGUCUCCAGUCCCUAUCUAAGAAGGGCUCUAUCUACAUCGUCCUCAACCAAGUCAACACCCUUUGCGGUUACAUCACCAAUUACAAACAGAUCUCCAAAGAGACCGUGACCCAAACUUUCGUCAUCUUGACCACCGUCUCUGCUUCCAUCAGUAACUCUCGCAAGACGAACUCUGGAACUGAGGUGAUCGAAAACCUUAUCAACAAGUGCGGCCCAUACUUCAAGAAAUCCGGAUACCCAGACAUCACCAUCCAAGUGACCGUCAUCAAAAAGACCUGCAGUUCAGCCAACAACGACAAUGUGGACUGGAACGGCAAUGGUAACAACGGAGGCAGCACCGGAGGCAACACCGGAGGCAACACCGGAGGCAACACCGGAGGCAACAACGGAGGCAACAACGGAGGCAACACCGGAGGCAACACUGGAGGCAACACCGGAGGCAACACCGGAGGCAACACUGGAGGCAACACCGGAGGCAACACCGGAGGCAACACUGGAGGCAACACCGGAGGCAACACCGGAGGCAACACUGGAGGCAACACCGGAGGCAACACUGGAGGCAACAACGGAGGCAACACUGGAGGUAGCACUGGAGGCAACACCGGAGGCAACACCGGAGGCAGCACCGGAGGCAACAACGGAGGCAACACCGGAGGCAACACCGGAGGCAACACCGGAGGCAACACCGGAGGCAACACCGGAGGCAACACUGGAGGCAACACCGGAGGCAACACCGGAGGCAACACCGGAGGCAACACCGGAGGCAACACCGGAGGCAACACCGGAGGCAACAACGGAGGAAACACUGGCGUUUCAGUGGGCGUCAAUCUCGGUCUUGGAGGAAUCCUCAACGGAGUGUUCAAGGUUAUCAAUGGCGUCGCCAAAACCGCUCUCACUGCUCUGGAUGCCGUCGUCAGCAUUGUAAUUCGUACCUUGAAGGAUGUCUUCGAUGUCGUUGGAAACUUGAUCCUGGUCCUCCAGGUGACCCUCAACAACUUGGUGUCUGGUCUCGGCUCCCUCUUCGUCCGUCUGGUCGCCUGCAUCAUUAAGAUCGCCGUCUGCGUCCUUGGACUCCCAGGAGACCGCGGAGUGUGUGCCAGAGGCUGGAACGCUCGCUACGGCGUCAACGGAGAACUCUCCACCGGCGCCACCGCAGAAGCCUACAUCAAACUCUUCAGACUCCUCGACGCUAAGGCCGAGCUCGACGGAUACAUCAGAAUCAUUUCUGGAGGCAAAGGAAUUCAGUCUCUAUCUAAGAAGGGCUCCAUCUACAUCGUCCUCAACCAAGUCAAUACUCUUUGCGGUUACAUCACCAACUACAAGCAGAUAUCCAAAGAGACCGUGACCAAAACUUUCCUUAUCAUGACCACCGUAUCUGCUUCCAUCAGUAACUCUCGCAAGUCUAACUCUGGAACCGAAGUUAUCGAAAAUCUUGUCAACAAGUGCGGCCCAUACUUCACGAAAAAUGGAUACCCAGACAUCACCGUCCAAGUGACCGUUAUCAAAAAAACAUGCAAUGGAGCCAAUAACGAUAAUGUAGACUGGAAUGGCAAUGGUAACAACGGAGGUAGCACUGGAGGCAACACAGGAGGCAAUACCGGAGGCAACAACGGAGAUAAUAAGGGUGACAACAACGGAGGAAAUACCGAAGACAACAAGGGUGAUAACAAGGGAGACAACAACGGUGGUAACACCGGAGACAACAAGGGAGACAACAACGGUGGUAACACCGGAGACAACAAGGGAGACAACAACGGUGAUAAUACCGGAGACAACAAGGGUGAUAACAACGGUGAAAACACCGGAGACAACAACAGUGGAAACACCGGAGACAACAAGGAGACAACAACGGUGGAAACACCGGAGAUAACAACGGUGGUAACACCGGGGACAACAAGGGAGACAACAACAGUGGUAACACCGGAGACAACAAGGGAGACAACAACGGUGGUAACACCGAUGACAACAAGGGAGACAACAACAGUGGUAACAACGGAGACAACAAGGAGAUAACAACGGUGGUAACACCGGUGACAACAAGGGAGACAACAACGGUGGUAACACCGGAGACAACAAGGGAGACAACAACGGCGGUAACACCGGGUAUGACAAGGGAGAUAACAACGGUGGUAACACCGGAGAUAACAAGGGAGACAACAACGGUGGUAACAACGGAGACAACAAGGGAGAUAACAACGGUGGUAACACCGGCGACAACAAGGGAGACAACAAUGGUGGUAACACCGAAGACAACAAGGAGACAACAACGGCGGUAACACCGGGGACAACAAGGAGAUAACAACGGUGGAAAUUCCGGAGACAAUAAAGGAGACAACAAGGAGAUAAUAAUGGAGGCAACACUGGAGGCAACACUGGUGUUUCUGUGGGUGUUAAGCUUGAUCUUGGAGGAAUCCUCAACGGAGUCUUCAAAGUCAUUAAUGGCGUCG